AUGUCAUCGUCGUCAACUCCCCGAGGCCUGUGGGCUGCGGUGUCGUCAUCGCCAUUCCUGACAUGGCAGAGGUCCCGGCGGCCACGGGGAGAUCGGGAUAGUGCCGAGUACGGCUCGGCCAAGUACCUGGCGCUGUGCGGCCUGAGCGGCGGGAUGAGCACCAGCCUCACGCACGCGAGUGUCUUGCCGCUGGAACUGAUCAAAUGCCGCCUGCAGGUGGCGCCGACCGAGUACACGGGGCUGGUGUCUGGCUUCAGCCUGGUGCCCUUCCAGGAAGGCAUGCGCGGGAUGAUGCGUGGCUGGGCACCCACACUGGUGGGCUUCUCCAUGCAGGGUUUUGUUAAGUUCAGCCUGUAUGAAAUGUUGAAGCACCGCACAUCUCGCAGCCUGAGCGAUGAGGGAUUCUACGUGUGGCGCACCGGUGUGUACAUGCUAGCGGCCACCGGUGCCGAAUUUUUCGCCAGCAUAGUGCUCGUGCCCAUGGAUAUCGUGAAGAUGCGCAUGCAGACGCAGUCGAAAUUCCCGGGCACCCUGCGUCAGGCGGUGCCCAAGGUGUGGUCUGAGGGGGGCCCGAUGGCCUUCUACAGGGGCCUGGGCCCGCUCUGGAUGCGCCAGAUGCCCUACACCAUAGUCAAAUUCACGUGCUACGAGCGCACCUUGGAGUUGCUCUACAAGUUCGCUGUGGCCAAGCCCCAGUGCCAGUGCAGCCUGUCCCAGCAGCUGGCCGUCACCUUCAUGGCAGGCUAUGUCUCCGGCAUCCUUGGUGCCGUCGUCUCGCACCCGGCUGACACGGUCGUGACCAUACUCAGCAAGGAGAACUACAAGAAAAACAUGUUUGAUGUGCUGCAGCAGCUUGGGAGUACCGGCGUGUGGAAAGGACUGUCAGCGCGCAUCCUCAUGAUUGGCUCGCUUUCGGCGUUCCAGUGGUUCUUCUACAACGUAUUCAAGGUCAUGUGUCGGCUGCCGCGGCCCCCGCCCCCACAGAUGCCCGAGUCCCUGCGCUGGAAGCUGGAGCAGCAGCGGCUGCACUCCCGCCGCUAG